AGGUUACAGUCGAGUCGUACUAACGUCAGUACGUUUGCAGCCUUCUAUCGACGACGCAACGCUGAGGCCGCGAAUAUGAUGCGCGCCGGGCUUUUUAUAAGUGUUUUUACCAUACUUUUGGAGGUCCUUCAUGCCAGUCAGACUAUCAAUGGCGCAGAAUCCCAAGUGGCGGUGCUGUGCGAGUCUGGGGCUAGCUACCACCCGCAGUUCAUGUCGGCAGCUGGGCGAUGGACUCCCGACCUCACCUCCAAGCCACACAACUGCCUGAAGGAUAAAAUGGAAAUUCUGGACUACUGCAAAAAGGUUUACCCGAGCCACGACAUCACAAACAUUGUUGAGGCCUCGCACUAUGUGAAGGUCAGUAACUGGUGUAAGCUAGGAUCCGGAAACGCUGCCAAAUGCAAGGUCACAAGAUGGGUCAAGCCUUUCAGAUGUCUUGACAAUUUGGCGGCAGAAGGUCCAUUCCAAUCGGACGCGCUGCUAGUUCCCGAGAGCUGUCUGUUCGACCACAUCCACAACCAGAGCCGCUGCUGGCAGUUCUCCAGAUGGAACGCCACCGCUGCCCGUGCCUGUGGCCAGCGGGGACUUCGUCUGAGGACCUUCGCUAUGCUCCUGCCCUGCGGAAUCAGCCUGUUUUCUGGUGUCGAAUUUGUCUGCUGCCCGAAACAUUUUAAAGAGAAUGUAAAAAUCCAUAAGCCAAUGGAAGUCGGUGUUCCUGUAAGCCCUGGAGGUGAAGAAAUGCUUGCGGCAUCGGCGGCAAUGGAUGAACGCGAUGAUGAAUUGCUUGAUGAUGAAGAUUCGCUUGGUGAUGAUGAUGAUGACACCUUGAACUUAAGUGACGAUGAUGAUGACGAUGAUACUGAUGAUGAUAUGGAUGAAGAUGAAGACGUGGACCUAACUCGCGAUGAUGACGCCGAAGAUGAUGAUUACACUGACGCUGACGACUCCGCUUGGCCGCGACCUGAAUCUUCCUCCGCACCGUCAACCACUCCUUCUACUACUACCACUUCAACUACUACUACUGUAUCAACUGCAACUUCUGAUCCUUAUUUCUCUCACUUUGACCCUCGCACCGAACAUCAGAACUACAAGGAUGCCCAGCAACGCUUGGAGGAAACACACCGGGAAAAGAUCACAAAGGUGAUGCGCGAAUGGUCCGAACUUGAAGAUCGUUAUCAACAGAUGAUCGCCACAGACCCUACAGCUGCACAGACUUUACGUCAACGUAUGACUGCUAAAUUCCAAGCUAAUAUUCAGUCUCUGGAAGAGGAAGGUGUGGCAGAGCGUCGUAGACUGGCAGCACUGCAUCAACAACGUGUGCUUGCCCAUCUGGCGCAGAGAAGACGAACUGCUCUUUCUUGCUACACGCGCUCUCUUAGGGAUACACCACCCAAUGCCCACCGUGUCCAGAAAUGCCUGCAACGUUUGGUACGAGCCUUGGCCGCCGAGCGUAGUGGAGCCCUAGCUGCCUGGCGUAGGGCUGCUGCGGCAGGAAGAGAGGCGGCAGCUGCGGAACGAGCCAGUGCUGCAGACAGACUGCAGGACGCUGACCGAGCCCUUCAACGCGCCCUGUCCUCUCUUCGUCGUCGGCCACAUCUCUACGCCAGCAUUGGAACUGCUAUUGAAGACUAUGUCCAGUCGAUGCAAUCCAAGGAUGAUAUGGCCGUAUCGCUGAUGUCCAUGACUCCGGAGGCUGAAGAGCUGCUGUUAGACCGUAUUGAAGCCGAAGUGCAGAGAGAACAGGCUGCUCGGGAACAGCUGGACGUUAAGAGGGACCAGCGGAUCAGGCAACGACUGGAGAUUGAGGACGAACGCGCCAUGAAGAUGCAGACGACGAGCGGCAAGGAAAGUGAGGAGGUGGAUGACGAGGCGAGCGAAGUGAACGACAGCGAGGACACGACUGCGGCCCCGAGCACUCCGUCGCCUGCGCCGCCCUCCCCCUCUUCGUCCCCCACCGCCGCUGUCUCCCAGCACGACCAGACUACCCGCGCUGCUUUCACUCAGGAAACUACCACUACCGAAAUCAUUACCAGCACGAUGACUGAAGCUCCAGAAAGUGAGACAGAAACUGGAGAGAUCAGCGAGACAUCCAGCCGGCGAUCCACAGGCGAAACUGAGGGCGAAGGCCUACGAGCAGCUCUGGAGCAAGCUGAGGAGCGUGUCCCACCACCACCAGCUCAUGCGCUCAAGCAUGAACUGCAACAUACGCAGCCGGGAUACACCGUCCGAGGCUCGAACCCAGCUCCUGGAGGCUCAGGCGCCCUCUACCCAGCGCUGUGUGUGGGCGGAGCUGCCCUGGCCGCUGCUGCAGCCGUCGCCCUGGCCGUGGCACGUCGCCGUGACCGAGCACCUUCAGCUCAGGGCUUCGUGCAGGUGGAGCAAACUGGCGCUGUAGUCCCUACUCCAGAGGAGCGACACGUAGCGAACAUGCAAAUCAACGGCUACGAAAAUCCCACCUACAAAUACUUUGAAGUUAAAGAAUAAACUAAUUUCAUUUCGCUACAACCACCGGGCUUGUCUAUUACUUCUUAUAACCCUCCUAUUAUUUGCCCCUUUUAGUUCGGCGUUUUAAAUCAGCGCCAUCUAGUGUUCUUUUCAUAACUUAUGAAUUUAGCGUAUGCUAAAAUUAUGCGUGAAGUGUGUGCUUGAGUCCUUACUUGUCUGGGUUUAAUUUUAACCCUUUCCCUAAUCUAUGUCCUACAUGAUAAUUAAUUAUUUAUGGAAUGAAUGUGUGAACAACGUAAACUCUUCUUUCAAAAAGCGCGGUGGUUAUAUUUUCCUUACAUAAUAUUUAUAAAGCUUUUGUGAUUAGGUGAUAUAAUUUUGCGAUAUUUCGCGUUCAGUCAAAGUCUAAACUGUUUUACAAAUUGAUAUUAUUGUUUUAUAUUACGUUUGCACCAAAUUACUCAUUAUUUAUUGAAUCUUUUAAGGUUAGGGUUAAGUUUUUGUCUAGUGUUUUAGAUUUUUAAGUAUCACAUUGUAGGCAAGUUUUAAAAUUAAGUUUUGAGACAACCGCUCUUGUUGUAACAUUAAUUGAAUUAUACAUUCGCACAUUUUAUUUAUUCUUAAGUAAAAUAAAAGAUCUCAAUGUUAAAAUUACUUAUCUAAGUCAUUUUAUGCACCUUCCUAAUUAAUGUUAUAAUUUGAGCGCGUCGAAAUAACGUCCAUUGUAUGCGAGCACGUUCGCGUACAAAUUUGAUUCUUAUUAUUAAAGCCCGCUUUCUUUUUCUAACGUAGGUAGAACAUAACGUGAAUUUUAUGUAAUAAAAUGCAAAAAUAUAUUUUAAUAAUUAUUGUGUACUUAGAUGGAACGGGCGGCAAAGAAGCGCGGGUGAACGCUCGACACAGGUCUUCUAGUCUUCUUCUAGUCACUAACUUUGCCGUUGCCUCUUGGACUAUUUCUAUUCAACAGUAUCUUCUCGGUAAACUGUUUCGCCAUUUGUGACUAUCGUUUGCCCGCGGGACAAUACUCUUAGUUGCCGGUUAGAACGCGGAGUGCUCAAAGUGUUCCUGAUAAUUCCAACUAAGCUAGGACUCUAAGAAAUUACAACUCAGUCAUUAUCGUACUGUUCAUACAUAAGAUGACGGCGAAUGUGUCAUUUUUGACAGCUGUCAAUUACAAACUCAAAAUCUCCAGUUUAUCGACAGUGAACUUAAUGAACGUACUAUCACGGUAGAGCCGAACUUGUGAAAUAAAUCUAGUCAUUGGUACCAUCGUAAUUCACUUCGUGCGUAGUUGUGUUCAUACUUUUUAUCCACACAUUGGGCACUCGGCUUUAUUGGAGCAGUAAAGCUUAGUCGGUGUAUGUACGAUUAUGUAUAAGUAGAUGUAAAAAAGUAAUACAUUAUAUAGAUGUUUUAGCGUCAUACAUAGGAUAUAAAGCAAAUAAUAUAAUAAUUAUAUAUCGCAUUCGUCCGUUUAAAUGUAAGAGCUUGCGCUCGCGUCUUUCCCACUUAAAACACUUAAUGUUACGCGGUAGUUAAGAUGUAAUUCUGCCUCAGUAUUAUACAUUUAAGCUUAUUUGUUACAUAAGCUAAUUUAUAUACACUUAUUCACUUAGUUACGGGCGUAUUGACGUUACUACAUAUAUAAAGUCAUAUCAAUUACGUCAUUGCAUUUUUAUCCUUAUCAUUAUAAAGCGUUGCAGCGUCAGUACGCAGUCAACAGAUGGCGCUAUCUACAUAAUAUAAUGAUAGAAUGCUCGCCCGUAGCAUUUUUAAAUUCAUUACGUAAAAUACUCAUUGUAUAUCGUAUAUUUACUCUUGCAUUGAGGAGCAGUUGUAUUUUUACUAAUGACAAACCGACUUAUUUUUCUAACUUUGCUCAAAAUCACCUCUCUUUUGUCGGUAUUUAAAAUUAUUGUGUCCAUUCGAUGUUUAAUACUAUGUAAUUCGAUGUAUCGCCAAUAGUAAUUGAUGUUUGUAGUUCUCUUAUUUCAUGUAAAUCGUCAUCCACGUUUCACGUAAUUUAAGAGAUUAAUAAAAAUGGUUUGGAUAUUUUUGUGUUUUCUGUGCAUUUAAUUGUGAGUUCGAAGUUCAAAUUAAAUCAAUAAAUAGAAACAUGGAAA